AUGGCAUCCUCAUCGUCGCAGGUGGCAGCGGCGCGGGGCUUGGGCAUGGCCAACCCACUGGCGGAGUGGACCGGCCGCGUCAGGUCGCUGGAGGCCGGCGUGAGGGCGUGGCUAGCGAAGCAGCCCACCCACGUCGAGGCCGCCGUGGUCACGGCGGUCGGGGCCGUGCAGGGCGCCGCGCUCGGCGGGCUCAUGGGCACGCUCGCGCCCGACGGCGGGGCCGCGCUCCCCGUGCCGCCGCCGCCGCCUGGGGCCGACCCCAAGGUCUUCGCCUCCUUCAAGCAAGCGCAGGCUUUAGCGGGUGGACCCCUGGUGCAAGCACGAAACUUUGCGGUCAUGACUGGUGCGAAUGCAGGCAUAUCUUGUGUUAUGAGAAGAAUAAGAGGAGUGGAGGAUGUCCAGGGCAGCAUGGCAGCAGCUUUUGGUUCUGGGGCUCUAUUCUCCAUCGUGAGUGGAAUGGGGACACCAAAUCCAGUAGCUAAUGCAAUUACAACUGGUGUUGCUUUUGCUGUAUUUCAAGGUGGUUUUUUCAUGAUCGGUCAAAAGUUUUCAAAGCCACAGAGUGAAGAUACAUACUAUUCUCGUGGAAGAAGCAUGCUGCAAAAGUUAGGCCUUGAGAACUAUGAGAAAAACUUCAAGAAGGGUCUCCUGACUGAUCAAACCUUGGCCCUCCUUACGGACAGUGCACUCAGAGAUGUGAAGAUCCCUCCUGGUCCCAGACUCCUCAUACUUGAUCACAUUAAAAGAGAUCCAGAGUUGACAAGAGCAAAUUAA